AUGGCUGUGUGCAGUCAGUUAUCUAUGCAGUCUGCAUUCUCCUCAUGUCAUUUUUUUUUUUACCUUUCACCUCCUCAUUUAGCUGUCCGGAUCUACACUCAGAAGCAGGUCUAUGCCACAGACACAGACAUAACUUUCCUGGCAGUGACCGAAGAGCCUGGCCCUCUUGAGUUCCUAUGGGAUUUUGGGGACAGACGACCUGUCAGAACAACCUCCAAAGCCAUUACCCAAAAAUUCCACAAUCCUAAAAGGUACGAUGUUACUGUGAGAGCACUCUGUAGUAAAGCCUCUACAGUUUCAGAUGUCUAUACGGUGAUUGUCCAGAGGGAAGUUAAACCCAACAAGCUUCAGUUUCAGUCCUCAGUUCUUAUAAAUACAGCUGUGGACUUCAAAUGCAGAAUAAGUGCUGGGACUGAUGUUACUUAUCUCUGGAGCUUUGGUGAUGGGACCACACGACUUGGGCAGACAACUGAACAGCAUGUGUUCGACAGACUAGGAGAGUUUGAGUUAAAGGUGACCGUGCACAACCUGGUGAGCUCUGCCUCUCUGACUGGGCACAUAUUUGUUACCGAUCAGCCCUGUCGGCCCCCUCCUGUGAAGAACAUGGGGCCAAAUAAAAUACAGGUGCAGCGCUAUCAGCCAGUGAGUCUGGGGGUGACCUAUGAGGCAGCGAUCGAGUGCAACAUGUCCCGGGGUCUGCAGUACAGAUGGGUGGUCUACGGCUCCAACGGGAGGGAAAUUCAGAUCGCUCCAGUUGAAACCCACAGGCAAAACGUCGAGCUUCCAGCUUACUUCCUUCAUCACGGCAUUUACAGAAUCGUAGCCAAGGUUCAGAUAAUUGGAAGUGUCGUGUACAGUAAUUAUACUGUAUGUGUGGAGGUGGUGCCCAGCCUCCCCAUUAGUAUCAUUCAUGGAGCCACAAACCUUUUCAUCAGUCGUCAUGACAACACCAUAAUCGCCCUGAAUGGAGAGCAAUCACAUGACCCUGAUUUCCCUCAGAGUCCAGUAAGCUACAGUUGGCACUGCAAACCGGUGAGCAGAAAAGAAGGGCCAUGCUUUAAGGAGUAUGUCCCUGCAUCACUCCCAGAGCUGGUCUUCCCAGUGACUGAUGUGAAUACUGAAUUUGACCAGUUUAAAUUCACACUGACUGUGCGAAGUGGAGGCUCUUCAUCCUCGUCUGAGAUGUUUGUCUCUAUCACACCCAACAUCAUGAGUUCUGUGGAUCAAGGCACACCUGCAAAAAUCAUUGCAAGUCCAAAUUUCACUCAAGGACCGCUGGAGAUGGAUGAGGGAACAUCGUCCCCAUAUGAACUCAAUGUACCAGGCUCCUCAUCUCCAUCAGCUGAAAGCAUUCAAAUGAUCACUAUCUACUCUUCCUCCGAUUCUCUACCUGAGUCAGCGAACAUGCAGGACUACCAAGCCCCUGAUGCCAAACAAUCACAUUCCACCAGCAGUAUUGGCGCACGCGUGCCCGCUGCUGGAAUGCCACCCCAGGGGACGCCUUGGCACUCACCCCCGCCUCCCUUCCCACUGGGGGGCUACGACGAGGGUGGAACCCUGGUGAGCUGGCGCAGACGGGGGAGAAGAGCAGAGCCUGAGGAAGCACAGACGCCACCUUCAGACCACAUUGAUGAAGUGCGCAGUGAUUCAGGUGAUGUCAUGCCUAAUAUAUAUGUCUCCCCUCUACUGUUUAUGUUCUUAGGCAUGGGUUCAAGUUGGAAUAAUGGAGGCAGAGACCUUGUGUCUGAGCCCGACCAUCCAGAGGAGAGCUUCUUGAUGGACUCAAAGAGCCCUAGUCUGCUGGUAGCAGAGAAAACGCUGUUAGACCUGGGGAGAGAUCUUAUUGACCCUGGGCUCUUUGGGUCUUACACAUUAACAGGAAUUUCUUCAUCAGUCAUCACACUGAAACCUUACUCCCUGAGACCAAACAGCCUCUACAUGCUAGCAGCGACUGCAAGUGAGCUGCAGACAGUAGUGGGGAAAUCCCAGCUGUUCUUCUCCACACACAGCGCCCCUGAGGGAAUGGCAUGUCUGAUCCAACCCAGUAAAGGCUUUGAGAUCCGCACCGACUUCAGUGUGUUCUGCGCGUCUGGAAAAGAGGACCUACUUUAUCAGUACAGCUAUAGAGUUGGCAAGAGCCCCCCUGUAGUUUUGUAUGAGGGUCGAGACUUCCAACAUUACUUCCACCUGCCAUCUGGAGGUCAAGAAAAUGACUAUAAAGUCACCAUCUAUACUGUGAUAGAAAACAAAUAUGGAGCUACAACUAAACCGUGCUCAGCUACCGUAAAGGUUCUCCCCAGUUUCCAGAGAAACACACCCCUGUCGCACACCCCAGAGGAGGACCUGCUCAUCUACAGCACACAGAACCUCACCAGGCUUAUAGAGAUGGGGAACAUCAGAGACAUCCAUAACUACAUCUCCCUCCUGAAGGGAGUUCUCAGCAGGUUAAGUCAGGACCCAGCCUCCUUGCACAAGUUGCUGGUUGCCACCCACAAUGCUCUUGUGUCUGCACUCUGCCAGCUAACUGUCAGGGACGAGGUGACUUUACACAGUGCCAAGCUGGUUGUCAAGCACAUUCAGGACAUAUCUGCCCUGUUUCCAAAAGAGUCUCUGACCAGAGAUGUUGCUGACAUGAGCCUGUACAACUGCACCACCUGGAGGAAGAUAAGAACUCCCCGUGCUUCAGAGUUCACACUCCAGCGCAGUGUGGGGAACGUCCACCGGUUCAACGUGACCCCAGAGCUGCUCCACCAGGCCGUUCGGGUGACGGUGGUGUUCCGACGCCCCACUAACCACACAUUUCCCAUCAUGCUCCUCAUCAGAAUGUCAGAGAAACCUACCCCUGUUUUAUACAACAUAAAGAAGAUCCAUCGCUGGGACGGAAACACAGUUCACAUCUUCCUCCCUUCAUCUUACCUGCAUGGUGUUGGCACCAGCUACAUGAUGAUCCUGAAUGCAGAUUUUGAAAAAGCAUCCAGGAAUAAGUACAUCGCUCAGGCUGUGGACUACACAUUAAACAUUGAGUCAAUCCACUGUCUCUCCUGGGAGGGAGGGAGAGAAUGGACACAGAGGGGCUGCGGACCUCAGCCUGGCUCAUCCCCCUUUAGCAUCAACUGCAGCUGCAGCCACCUCUCCACAUUUGCAGUGGCAUACCAAGCCGUUCACAGCCACAUUGAUUUUGUUGAUGUGUCUCGGUACAUCGAGCCCUUCAGUAAUCUUACCCUGUGCUGGGUGAUCGCACUGUCCCUGCUAUCCUACACUCUGAUCGCCGUCGUCUGUAACCGUGCCGAUGGCUAUUGUGAAGCCAGUAAGGGCCCUUACUUACUACCAGACUGCAAGCCACUAGACCAGCAGCUGUACUCUGUCACCAUCGACACAGGCCUGCGCUCCCGAGCCAACAUGACAGCCAAGGUUUACCUUGUGCUGUGUGGUGAAGAGGGGCUGUCUGAGACCAAAGAACUUUACAUCCCAGAGAGGACGCUCUUCACAAGGAACUCCCAAAACACCUUUAUUCUGAGUACGGCAGAAAGCCUGGGGCCCAUCUGGAUGGUGCAUCUCUGGCACAAUAACGGAGGCCCGUCACCCAGCUGGUACGUCAGCCACGUGCUGGUGAGGGAUCUGCAGAGUCGGAGCAGCUGGUUCUUCCUUGGGGAGCGCUGGUUGGCCGUCGACGAGGAUGAUGGGAAGGUGGAGAGGAAACUCAUGGUCUGCAAACAAGGACUCGGGUUUGGAAAGCUCCUCUAUAUGAAGCUGACCGAGUACCUGGAGGACUUCCACCCUUGGCUCUCCGUCUACAGCUGCCCUCCUCACAGCACAUUCACUCGUGUCCAGCGCCUGACCGUGUGCCUGCUGUUUCAGCUGGGCUACACGUGUGCCAGCGCCGUCCUAAUUCACACUCAGCACGGGCCACACUCUUUAGAGCAGGGGCUGAUUGACGUAUCCAUGGCGACGGGGCUCCUGAGCGCUGUGUCCGUGCUGCCUGUGGGGUGUCUGAUCUCUCUGCUGUUCCGUCUCGGACAGACACACAAGAAGAGUUCACCUAGAACUUUGAUCAAAGAUUGGUCAGUGUCUGACAUCAGCUCUGUUGAAGGUUAUCGAGAUGCCCUCGUUUUCAGUGAGGGUUUUUGUAAGCACCAGAUAUCACAUGGCAAUCAGUUUCUGGGUCAAGAGGCUUGGAGCAACAGAUAUGAGGGGCACGAUGUGGGUUGGCGUGGAUAUACUGCAGCUUCCGUACAUUCCCACAAGAGGGCGCCAGGAACACCUGAUUCCAUCGCGAUAAGCUUUGAUGGAAGCAAGGUGUCUAGUGAGAACUUCAAAGACAGCCAGCACUGCCUUCAAAGCAGCCCCCCUUCGGGAAAAGGCUUUUCCCCUCAGCAAUUACCUUUGCCAGGAUGGUGUUUUUAUGUGACCUGGUCCACGUGCUUGUGUCUUUGUACUACCUUUGCAGUACUGACAGGAGUGCUGGGUGUGAAAUUCAGUCCCACCACGAGUCUAAUGUGGAUGUAUUCUCUGUUCUUCUCAUUCAUUGCCUGUGCCUUUGUUCUCCACCCAACUCUGAUCUUCGUGAUGGCUGUCGUUGUAUCUUUUUGGUACACUGACAGAAGGGAUUUUUACGAUGCCUCAAGUCAGACUCAGUCUACAGUGAAAGCAUGUAAAUACUGGAUACGAAACGGAAGGUCCUCAGUGCUCAAUCUUCAUAACCAGCCUGUGGCCAGAUCCACAUACUUUGACCUGGUUGUAAGAGCUCGUCAGAGGGCUCGAUACCUGCGUCUCGUGCGUCCUCCUAGUCCAGAUCUGCUGAGACACGCUUCCAAGCGGCUGAGGAAAAACACACUCAUGCACAAAUUCCUCAGUGAGAUGUCUCUCUACCUCAUCACGUUAGUCCUACUAUCCUUUGUGGCGAUUGGAAAAUCCUGCAGCAAUGAGUAUCAGUUGAAUCAAGCCAUCAAGACUCAGUUCAGAAGGGGCCCAUAUAAACAUUUUGAAAGUAUAAGAAACCAGGAGGACUGGUGGAACUGGACAUCAGGAAUCCUGUUGGAGGGGUUGUAUAAUGAUACCUGGAGCAACAACGCCUCAAGAAAAAACAGAUGGCAGAGUGUUGGGGACGCAAGCAUCCUCAUUGGUGAACCGAUUCUUAAAAAAACAGAAGUAGACAGAAACUCACCAUGUCAGGGUAUAUAUCCAAAGUGGGGAGAGUUUGUUAUGACUAUAAACAGUCAAAGACUGUGUGGGAAGCCCAAAUGUUACGACAGGCCAUGGAGGACUGUUAGCCUUGGACAAACACGGUCGGUAGCUCAGGCCACUCUGAAGGAUCUUAAAGCCACAGAAUGGCUUGAUCAGCACACGUGUGCAGUGGCGGCUCAGUUCACCCUGUACAACCCACCCAGUAACCUGUUCAGCACAGUCACCCUGCUGGCUGAGUGGCGCUCCACGGGAGGCCUGUGGCCCAGUGCCGCGGUUGACUCCGCCAGGCUGGUCCUGCCCACGGGUGCCCUUGACUGUGGCACGCUGACCACAGAGUUCCUCUGCUUCAUCCUUGUGAUGGCUCAACUGAUUUUCCAAAUAUGGCUCAUCUGUCAGAAUGGGCUGCUCUCUUCUUGUCAAGACAUAAGACGUUGGCUCGAGGGAACCAUAAUUAUGACCAGCAUUCUAUACUAUGUCUGUAUUGCUCACCACUUCAUACUAAAGUCAGAAAAAUACGACCAGAUGUUGAGGGAGGACUUCAGAGUAUUUGUUGAUUUGGAAACCAUCACAUUUUGGGAGCAGCUUACUGUAUCCCUCCAUGGAGUCAUGUUGUUUCUCUUCCUGCUCAAAAGCAUAUUUGUUCUACAGAGGAAUAAAACCAUGUGUUUGCCUGUGCAAGCUUUGAGGACUUUACUCUCCAACCUUAUCUGGCCAAUGAUGGCAGGAGUCCUCCUCAUAGUGGGCCUGUCUUCCAUGGGCAGCCUUCUUUUCCACCACUCCUCACUCGCCUACAGCAGUCUUUUCAGUUCUUUUAAGACUGUGGUGGUGUACAGUAUUGGACCCAGAAGGCUGAAGAAUUGGUUUGAAUCGAAGUGCUCCAGCUGUAUCUCUGGCCUUCUCUUCCUCGGGGCUUUGAUUUGUGUCAUCAACGUGGCUUGGACUGCACUGGUAAAGGGACUGAUAACCUCACUUGUGAAAAUGACAAAGAGAACCACAAGGAAAAGACAACUUUUUACUAUCUCUGAGCUCGGAGACUACAUAAAAAAUAAGAUAUUUGUUUUUGUUGGCAAGAGUAGGACAAACUGGACAGAAGAUCACUAUUCUGUAAAUAGCUUCUGUUUGGAGGAGUUUGAGGACCUUGUGGAUGAGCUUUUGUUCAAACUCAAUGCCUUCUCCAAUAGCCUUCACCACACCUUACCCAAUAAAGACUCAGGGUUUAAGAGCCCCUUGCAAUCUGAACGGAGCUGUUACCUUGAAUCAGAGGUCUCACUGCAGGACAUAGACUACCCACUCACAGAGGACUUAAUGAUGUCUCCAGUAACCUUAUCCAGCCUGACAAAUGAAGGAGUGGUCAGAUGAGCACUUUAUUUGGGAAUGGUGUACAACAACAGGAGAUGGACUGAUGUUAAAAAAUUGUGUUCUUUGUCAUACAGCAACGUGCAGUGACUUGUUGGAUCAAUGACAACUUUCAUGCCUAAAUAACAUAGCGGUAGCUCACUUUGGAAGAAUCCUUGUUUUGCUGUUAUGAAUAAACUUUCAUGCUUCACUUUA